CAUCCCUCCUCGGCAUGUCAAAAGAAAGCAACCAUCAAAGACCCGGUGGACCUCCACCGUUACCUCCCUCGGCAGCUGUCUGGCGCGAACUUCUUCGUAUCAGAGGACGUCGGAGACGACGAGUUGCCUCCACCUUCCUACGAAUCUGUCACGGCUGAGUCGUAUGGAAAUGACUCUCUCACGCUCUCUCAUAAUGAUCCGAGAUCGAGGUCGACACAGUCAUUACUGCCAUCACCAUCAGACGAACAAGGUGACAGGAGAAAGUUGCUCUUGAUAUUCAUUCAUGGGUUCAUGGGAAAUGAGACCAGCUUCCAAAGCUUUCCUGCUCACGUACAUAGUCUUGUAGCGGCUCUGCUGUCAGAAACUCAUACUGUCCACACAAAAAUCUAUCCGAGGUACAGAUCANAAAAGAAGAUCGAAUUUGCCCGAGAUGAUUUCAGUCGCUGGCUGAGUCCGCAUGAAGGGCCGACCACAGAUGUCAUUCUGCUGGGCCACAGUAUGGGUGGUUUGCUCUGCGCUGAAGUGGCCUGGAUACCAUCUCUUGCAGAUGGAUCUUUACGCCAUCGCCUGAUCGGCACUAUCAACUUCGAUGUUCCUUUCUUGGGUAUGCAUCCUAGAGUCGUCAAGGUUGGCUUAGCCAGCAUCUUCAGCCCAGCUCCCUCCAAAUCGCCACAGGACCAUGACAAUACGCCUUCUGCUUCGAGCAUGCAAACUGGUGGAGACUAUUUCGAUGACAGACCAUCUGCGAGCACUUCCACAACCAGCCUCAAGAGCCCACAAAGUUCGUUGUCGCCGUCUCAGAUCGAUCCUAAUUACAAUCCAGCUUUUAAGAAUGACGUGAUUCUUCCGGUCAGAAAGGGAUGGGAAGGAGCUUGGUACUUCCUUAACAAACACUCCAGUGAUCUCAGAACAGCUACCAAGCAACUGGUCAAAUCUCACCUAGAAUUUGGAGGUGCUAUGGCAGACUACAGUGGCCUCAAGCUUCGCUAUACACGUAUCAGAGGCCUGGAAGAGCAGAGUGAGAGGACCAGAAAAGCAGUAAUAGGUAGCUCUGUCGCUCCUCCCAGGGUGCGUUUCGUCAACUACUACACUUCCAGCACGGGUCGUCCCAAGAAACCGAAAACACCGACCUCGCCCGAAGCAUCCGUCACGACUCCCACAUUGACCACCAAUGUUACUGAUGUAGACCAUAAGACGACUGAUCUGGAUGGGGAAAAUACAGUGGCCACGAACAAUACUCAUGAGCUCGAACAAGAUCCGAAUGUCGACACGAAGCUGCCAGAAAAGUCUCCUGAAGUCCCUGCUGAAGGCCUUGAAUCUNUACCACCCGUGCCCGACCCGCCAGCCAAACCCGAGAAGCCACCAUUCUUCGCAGACAAGGAGACUCGAAAAUUGGCCGAAAAGGAGUACGAUAGAGUCUUGAAGCUAUACUUCCGAGCCCUCAAGGACCGCGAGAAGGCACUUCGAGAUCAGGAGAAGCUAGAGAAGAAGCGGGAGCGACAAGCAAUCAAGGAAGGUAAGAAGGCGGAGAAGGAGGUCAUCAAGAAUGACAAGAGCAAGGAAAAGGAGCGCAAGAAGACUAUUGAGAGAAGGGAAACAGAUCAGGAGAGCGUCCUGGCAAGUGAGCAAAAGAAGCACAGCAAGNAGUGGAAAGCCGCUUUGAAUCAUUCUUGGAAUGAGGAAGAUUCGACGAUCGAGCCUCUUUCGAGGCGCGAAUCAUCUAUGCAAUCUACUGUCCUGUCCACCCAAGAAUCAAGGACCCCUUCUGGCGAGGAGCAGAAACCUUUCAAAGACCGCACGUUCUGUACUCUUCCGCCCAGAGACGGCUCUGGUAUUAGAGAUCCUACUUGGGUUCGAGUACUGAUGAAAGACGUUGAUCUGGUCGAAGCGCAUUGCGGGCUCUUCUUCCCUGACCCGAACGACGACAGGUACGAGAAGCUAAUUGGCGACGUGGGCGAGAGAGUCUGUCAAUGGGUUGGUGAAGCAGAAAGCGAGAGAGUUGCGCGAGAGUUUGAAGCACAAGGC